GCCCACUCCCGUUUCUUUGUGCUCAAAUCCCAUUCCUUUGGCUGCAAUGCUGAACGCCAAGAAGCUCAUCAAGAUGGUGAGGCAGUGGCAGAAGGUGGCCGCCCUCGGCAGGAAGAGGAUCACGUCGGACUGCAGGAGCGGAGAAGUGCAGCGGUGCUCUGCGGCUUCGGUGGCAAGCAAAGGACACGUGUUCGUGUACACUGCUGACGGGCAGCGCUUCAUGGUGCCACUGAAGUACCUGAGCAGCGGAGUCUUCCGGGAGCUACUGCGGCGGUCGGAGGAGGAGUUUGGGUUGCCGGCCGACGGCCCCAUCACGCUCCCCUGCGGCGCUGCGUGCAUGGAGUCCGUCAUCAGCUUGCUCCACGGCCGGGGCACGAGGGACGUGGAGAGGGCCGUGCUCGAGUCGAUCUGCAGCGGUGGAAGGUGCACGUCGGAGGCUGCCGCCGGAGCAGGAGGGAACAGCCGGCAGCUAAUCCUCUAUGGCUUCUGAAUAGUUACGUUGAUCGAUCGCCCGUUUCGGAACCGUUGUCGAUUCUAAUUAAUUCUAACUAUUUUAAUUUCGCGAUAAAUUAACUAUUGUCCGAGCAAUUAUAUAUUCUAUUCAGCUCAAGAUGGAGAUGACCAUUCUUUCACCUUGUAGUUGGGCGUUCAGUUUGUAUCAUAAACAUUAAUCACUCGUUUAAUUAUGAGAACGAGUCAAUACUAUCUGGCUGAAUAUAUGUUCAA